AAAAAAACACCAACUGCACCUACGGAUAUUUUUCGUGUGCUUAAUAUACCCCAAAAUGAUGAGGCGAUGCCGACAAAAACAUCAACGAAUAGAUACAUACCAUACAAAAGUGACCGUUACGCUGGACGAACAUACAUAUAUGUGGAAAAUGAUAAUGAUAGUGAUAACUAUGUGGUAACAACUGAUACAUCUGAUAUUACUUCAUCUUCUGAAAGUGAAUAUGAAGAGAUUGAUAUCAAUGAUAUAUAUCCAUAUAAAUCACCUAAAUAUAAAACUUUAAUUGAAGUUGUUUUGAAACCAAGCAAAGAAAAUAUACAUAUUGAUAAUAAUAUGGAGGAUAAUAAUGAUACACCCAUCAAUAAACUUACAGAUGUGGAAUGGAAUCAAUUGAAACAUGAUUUUAUUUCACAAUAUUUAGAAAUCAUACCAAAGGAUUUACCUAAUGAAAAUACCAUUGAUGAUAAUAUCUAUAUGGAUACACAAACUAACAUUGUUGAUAGUAGUAUGGAAGAAAAACCUUUUAUUACAUCCAUUCAAGAUAGAUUUCUUGAUAAUAUUGGACAAGAUAUUACUUAUAAUAUUAAUUGGAAUAUACCAAAAAUAUUAGAACUAACAAAAUAUGUUACAUCAAACGACAAAUAUUCUGGAAUUGAUCUAAUUAAUGAUUCGUUAAAUAAUGAUCAACAUAUUGAUAUAUAUGAUGAGUUGUUAAAACGAAAAGAAAACGAAUUAUUUGGAACAAAACAUCCAAAAAAUACAACAACAAAUAAAGUUGCAAAACCAAUAAGUGGUGAUCCUAUACUAAAUCAAAUAGAAUUGUUUGAUAAAUGGUUAGAGAGGCAUAGAAAUAACCAGUGGAAUAUACAACGUGAUACGUUGAACCAGUGGAAAAACAAACCGGAUAAUAAUAUACCUGUGGAAAACGUCCACACUACACAUAAAUUGUUGAAUACCAACCUUUCUAUAGAAAUAAGUAGUGAUGAUAUCCCUAGAUCUAAUAUGGAUAUGAGUGGUACUAAUAGAUAUGCUUAUUUGGAUGAUAUGGAUUCGUUCGAAAAUAGUGGUGAUGAAAAUUUAUUAUGA